CUUUUUUCUGGUCAGCUGUUUCGCGUUGUGUGACGCCUGUGAUGAUAAGUUCGGACGAAGAGGACGAUAUAUUCGGCGUUUUAAUGGUCCCUUUAAUGGCGAAUCAUGAACGGCUGGAAGCGCAUAAAAAGUCACGCCGCCAACGUCGCUGGUGGGUCCAUCCCGCUUUGCAACAACGAGACACAAUGGGCCAUGCUGACGUUUUGUUGCCGCUCCUUCGGUCUAGCGACAUGGAAUACUACCGAGACUAUUUGAGGAUGUCCCCGAGCUGCUUCGACACACUGUUGGGAAUGCUCAGGCCAAGGAUCAAAAAGAAUGACACGAACUACCGAAAGGCAAUCCCUGCAGAACACCGGCUACCUCUGGCAGUCGGGCAAGUGUUCAUAUUGGACGCAAUUUGCACGUUGAAAUGCUUGUAUUUUAGCGUCAUGCAUUGAAGUGAUUGUUUUAUCGUCAUCAUGCAAAGCCACUUGACAGGGCUGUUCCAGAGCAGUUUUAAAUUUACCGAUAUCUGUUUUUUCAGGUUCUUGGCCGCAGGGGAGACGCUACGCUCGUCGUCGUUCAAUUUUCUGGCGGGCAGAUCCACGGCCUGUGUCAUCGUCUCUGAGGUAUGCCAGGCGAUUUGGGACGUACUUGGACCCAUAUACGUGGCCCUUCCAUCAACUCGGGAUGAAUGGUCAAAGGUUGCGAGAGACUUCGAAGAGAAGUGGGAUAUGCCACAUUGCCUGGGUGCCAUAGACGGCAAACAUGUGAACGUGGAGUGCCCAGCAAAAUCGGGAAGCCGAGACAGGAAUUACAAGGGUUCAUUCAGCAAAUCAUUGAUGGCAAUUGCUGAUGCAAACUACAGCUUCCUGUAUGUUGAGGUUGGCCACAACGGAAGCGAGUCAGAUGGCGGCAUAUUCAGUAGAAGUAAACUGCAACCCAUGGUGGACGAUGGCACUCUCGGAGUUCCACCAGCUGCCAGCCUUGGAACAAUUGGCAACAUGCCGUAUUUUUUUGUUGGUGACGAGGCAUUUCCUCUUAAGACAUACAUGAUGAGGCCAUAUUCUAAGAAAAGUCUUCAUCCUGUUCUCACUGGGAGCACCACAGCCCAAUGCUCCACUACACAAAGCAGUGGAACUAGCCAAUUUGAGGAGCUGCACCAAAAGAGGAUAUUUAAUUAUAGGUUGAGCAAGGCUCGCAGAGUAGUCGAAAAUGCUUUCGGUAUACUCGCUCAGAAAUGGCGAAUUCUUCGUCGCCCCUCUAAAGCUAAGAAAGAAAACAUCAGGAAAAUUGUGUCUGCUUGUGUGGCUUUGCAUAACUUCCUUCUGAAGGAGUCCCCUGCUUCGCGAACCAUGUACUGUCCUCCAGGCACCACAGACAGUGAAGACUGGCAAGGCAACCAAACAGAUGGGAGCUGGAGAACGGAUGGUGCAGUCAACGGUGCACUGGCUGCAUUACCCGGCACAGGUGGCAACUCGGCAAGGCUCGCUCAUGCCAUUCGUGAUAAGCUGUGCAGACAUUUCAUAACAGAGGACAGGCUUCCAUGGCAGGUGAAGCAUGUGAAAGACUGCAGAUGGUAACCAGUCAACUUGACGACCGGAUGCGCUUUGCUCGGGUGUGCUGCUGCCACACCUGUCCAGGUCCACUGCUUCGGCCUCAAGGAUUUCCAUGUCCAAGAGAUUUUCCUCUUCAUCCUGGCUUGUGCCAGCCUCUUCAGCGUAACAUUUUGACCUGCAUCAAGCAUAAAUAAACUCCUUUUCCAUGUUUACUCCAACAAUGUUCCUAUUACUCGUGCCAGGUGUGUACAGUCGCACCCAAUAUGAGUUGGAACAUGUCCGUGCUCAAAGUGGGGCCAGCACUGCAAGGCAGCGCCGACAUCGCAAACAUUUCUGAAGCGUUCACUGUUUCUGCUACUGGUAUUCUCUAGACCAAUUUAACAUUUACCAGCAGAACCGUUCAGGCUCCGGGCCUCUUCAACCGCGGUCGAUGUGUCGUAACUCAUAUUGAGC